UUUCCAUCCUCGGAUCACCGAACAUUCUUAUAAAACUCGACUCCCACGCUAACCAUCAUUUUCCCCGAAUUCCCAUCUCUCGUUUCUCAUCCAAUUUCUGUUCCAAUUCCUGCCUUUUCUCUUCAGAUCCAUUCUUUUUGCGCUCAAUUCCAAUUCCUGCGCCCUCGAUUGAUCUCCUUUUCACGUUUCUCCGUGUCUUGUAUUGAAUUUUAGGGUUAGGGUUACGGAGUUUCUUAAUUUUCUCAGCUCUGUCACUGUAUCGAUCCAUGUUUUUGUGAAUUCGGUUAUUUUAUUUUUCCAUCGAAGUUCGAGGGAUUUUUUUCGAUGUGUAAAUCAGUUUGUAGUAGCUUGUUCGGCUUAUUGAAAUUAUUGUAAUUCUCGUAAACUUGAAAUUUUUAGCUGGAAUAAAAAAAAAAAAAAAAAUCUUUACUUUGAUCCAUGGAGUCUAUUACCUGUCUUGUUUUGACAUCCUGCAAAUUAUUCUUGUAUUCCCUUUAAUUAUAGAUAUAGAAUUUUUAAUUAUUAUUGUUACUAUUUAUCUAUAUAUUUCUUUUUUGAAGUUAGUUUCUUCAUAUUAAAAUUUGAUCAUUUCAUAGCCAUCUAUCAUUUCGCAUUCUGAUCUGGACACAAAAUUUCCGGAAAUUGGAGGUAAAGCUAACUACUUUAGUUCAGUCAUGCUGCAAUUGGACUAUUUCAUAAGUCCAUUUAUUUAAUACCUUUCCAACUACAUGUCUAAUUGUACUUUUGCGAUUCCUGACUACUAAGUGUUAAAAUGGCCAUAGAACACUACAAAAAAAAAAAAAAAAAGCCGUUAAUGGUUUGAGUUUACUAUGGUUGCAUGGGUUUUUAACCAGUACCUAAAUUUCACAUGAUAUAGCUGGUCUAAUUAUCUUUUCAGUUUACUUGUGAAGUCAAUUGUUUGCAUUGAUGUUUCUUUUUUGGUCACAUCUCUGUAUUAGGGAAAGGUUGUGGUGUAGAUACUUGUAUGGUAGUCCUGUUCUGAUACUUCCAUUAUUGUUGCAUAUUCAGAAUUCUGAUUCCCUUUUGAUAUCUGGGACUAAACUUUGAUAUUUUUUGUAUUUUUCUAUGCUAUGAGUAAAGAGAAGAUUUUGUAUGGUCUUGAUAACCACGGGUUGGGGGAGAAGAAUUCAUCAUGCAUGUUCAUUUAGUGUGGGUGUCUUGCUGUUUUCUUCCCUGACUUGUAAAUGGAAUACACAUAUCUAUGCCAAAUAAUGGUUAAAUAAGAUGCUUCAGUAAUGUGAUAUAUCCUAUACUCGCUACUUAUUCAUAAGAUAUGCCUGUUUAUGUCACUAUGUGGAAAUAAGUUGAAUAGUAACUCAUUAUUGAAGGAAAAGUAUCGUUAAGUCAUGCUAAAUCAUGUAUUAUAAUGUUGUAAGCUUGUUGUAUGCUUACAGUGCCCUUAUGCUAUGUUUGGGACUAGGACUAGUGCCCUUAUGGAAGGGAAAAAGAAAAUAAAUGUUUCUUCGUGUAUCUAAAAUGCUAUACUUAAGACUCAACCAAAAAAAAAAAAAGGCUAAACAAUAGCUAUGCAUAAGUAAGUUCACUUCCUUUUUAUUUUCUUUUCCAUUGGAAAGUCCUAAUUCCUGAGAUAGCAUUAAUAUUUAAAGUAAUCUGGUUAAGUUGGGCUUCAUUUUGUGGCUUAAUGGCAGAGUAACUGGAAGCAGCCAGAUAAAUUUAUCUUGUGUGUGUGUGUGUAAAGCUGCUUUCUAGAGGUCAAAGCAGAUGCUGUAAUUCUCUAUAAGAUUGGGAAAGGUGCAGUGCAACUUGUGCUAAUGAAAAGCCACACGUGUAUCUCUUGACAACAAAAUAGUGGACGGAAACUGAUGUAGGCUGAUGGCAUACAAAAUUUUAAUAUUUAAAUAUGGAAAAAUCCGUUGAUGUGAAUUACUGGAUUUAAUAGUUUGACUAGGAUGCUUGUAAUAAAACUGUCUGUGGUGAAGAAAAUCUUGCAACUCUUAAGUGACUCCUUAUAAUAACCACAUCAGAUUCAUAUUUUUUCCUAGUACAAUAUAUUUGCCAAAUAUGAGACUGACUUGAAGUCCUUAAGAAGGCUUGAGGCAGAGAAGAAAUGAGUUCCUCUUAAAAUAAAUGAAAUCAAGUGGUGUUUUAGCAGUGUUUGGCUAAGAUUGGUCUCCUACGAAAGACUCCACUAUCUUCUGUAGGAUUUGAUUUCAGUACGACGCUGGCAAUGUUUGUCAAGGUGGUAAACAUGGAAUAAUAACUUGCAUAAGAUGAAGUGGGAGCUUCAAUUUUGAAUUAAGAUAAAAUAUGUUGUCCAUUAUAUUUGUUUGACCCUUGGUUCCCUUAAGUCAUAAUAUUAAGUCUUUGAAAUUGAAAAGUUCAGAUAUUCUCUCUCCCCCCUCCCCACCUUUCUUCUUCCUUUUUUUGUAUAUUAUUAUGUGGUAGGAUAAGCCCCAUCUUGCAAGUUAUGGGUGUCUUUCCUUGUGUUGUUCAUUUCUUUUUGACAUCUCAGUUGGCUCCAUGUUGUCUCUUGUUUAAACUGCAGGAAUUAAGUGGUUUUAUCUUUGCUGCAUCUUGUGGAUCUUGUUUUCUAAAGUUGUCUCAUUUGGAAGGCUAAAUGGUUUACAAACGACCUUGCCACGAUGAGGAGUCUUUCGAGGUUGGUUUUAAGCACCCAAGACAAGAGGGACACUCAGCUCAGCAAUCUCCCAUUCUGGGCUUUUUGCCAAGUAAUGAUGGUCCAGCACUUUCUUCAGAUGAAGGUCAGGACAGUGCUAGGAAAUCUCAAGAUGGAAAUGUUGCUAAGGAAACUGCUUCUGAAGAUUUCAAUAGGGUUAGCAAUGAACUUGAAUUGAAUGCUCCUGGCAGCUCCUCCAGUCUUUUUUGGGUCAAUGGCAAUGCAUUCAAUGAAUAUGCUGAGUCAGAUGCUUCUGUUCAUUUAUCCUUCUUUCCACAUUUUUUCAAACUUGACCGAGUAAUGGAAUUAGUUCAACCUCAUGACAUUUAUUCAUUUCUUCUUAAUCAUCCUCCUAGAAAACUAGUUUCUAUUGGACCUGACCAUCAAGCUAAUGUUCCUGAAGGGGCCUCAAAUAGAUUCCAUGAAUCUUCUGCCAGUUUAGAUCAGUCAGAUCCACAUAUCAUUCCUGGAGAUUCUUCAGGCUCACGGGUGAUGGAUGAUGAUGACAAUGAGGCAGGGCUGAUAGGUACUUGUGUCAUUCCCAUGCCUGAUAUGGAGUCAUCUGCAUACAGUUGCUGUGCUGACAGGGGAAGGAGAAGCAACUGUAAUUGUCUAGACAGGGGUUCUAUUAGAUGUGUGAGGCAACAUGUCAUGGAAGCAAGAGAGGAACUGAGAGAAAACCACCUUGGGCAGAAGGCGUUUGAGGAAUUUGGAUUUUGUGACAUGGGGGAAGAGGUUGCGAGGAAAUGGAGGGAAGAUGAAGAGCAUACCUUCCGAGAUGUGCUCUCAAAUGCAGCAUCACAAAGUAAGAACAUUUGGGACCAUCUCUCGGCCACUUUCCCUUCCCGGACAAAGAAAGAAUUGGUCAGUUAUUAUUUCAAUGUAUUUAUGCUUCGAAAACGUGCUGAGCAGAAUAGGUUUGACCCUUUGAAUGUCGACAGCGACAAUGACGAGUGUCAAAAGAGCAAACUUGUAAUGACAGACAAAGAAGACGACACCGGGGGUGAAUCUCUGGAUAAAGCUCCUGCUCAUUGUCAAGAGAAUUCUGAAGAGGAAUUCCUCAAAGGCAUUGUGGAGGACAGUGGAGCAGGUACCUGUAAAGGUGACACAAACACUGUAGAUACUAGUUGUAUAAUGAGCAACGAGGAAGGAGGAUAUACAGAUGAUGGUCUUUGAAGAUAAAGAUGAGGGGAUGUAAUGUGAAAAUACGUAACAGAAAUAAAUAGAAUGAGACAUUUCAUUUUCACGGCUUGCUAUUACUUAAACAUUGUAGGCAGCCGACUAUUUUGAGUCGUUUCCUAAGCAUUGCAGCUGGGGGACUUUGCCUGCCAUAACAUGCUGCAUCAUUGUCGUGUGUUUGUAUACAGAGCAAAAUGUCCCUCGAACAUUGAUUAAGAGUGGUACUACUAGCUAGUCGAGGCUUUGUCUUAUUUUUCAA